CGCAUCUUCGUUUGGAUUUGGUUGAUGGGUCAACCCCCGUCCUCCUGAGGGAAACGUAUUGAGAGAUUACUUUGUGCAGUUUGUUGUAGCUGUAACUUCCCCCCUUACCUCGGAAACAUCAGUCUAGCUGUAGAAUGUUUUAGUCGCUCAUUUUUUAUGCAGGAAAGUCUCCCAUUUUAAAAUUAGCAGACAUGGGGGAGCCAACGACACGCAAAUUUGCAUCAUUAGAAGAGGAGCUGGGCUUCUGGAAGGAGCAGGCAGAGAGGCAUCAUCAGAGGGCUGAAGAGGCUCAGGAGGAGCUGCAGGAGUUUCAGCAGAUGAGCAGAGACUAUGAAGCAGAACUGGAAACUGAGUUGAAGCAAUGUGAGAGCAGAAACAAAGAGCUGCUUAUAGACAACAACAGACUCCGCAUAGAACUGGAAAACAUAAAGGAAAAAUUCGAGGCUCAGCAUUCGGAUGCUUUUAGGCACAUCUCAACCAUAGAAGAAGAUCUGACACAAACCAGAGCAGUGAGAGAUCACCUGCAGAAAUACAUCAGGGAGCUAGAGCAAUCCAAUGAUGAUCUGGAGAGGACAAAGAGGGCCACCAUCAUGUCACUGGAGGACUUUGAGCAGAGGAUGAACCACGUCAUUGAGAGGAAUGCUUUUCUGGAGAGCGAGUUGGAUGAGAAAGAGAACCUGCUGGAGUCUGUUCAGAGGCUCAAGGAUGAAGCCAGAGACCUUCGCCAGGAGCUGGCUGUGCGUCAGAAGGAGAGGCGACCAUCCAGCAGCCUGGGCAAAGACACGGUUGAUCUGUCAUACUCCUCGGCUGCCAACACAUCCAUUCCCGUCACACCAUCAAAACCUAUGAGCUCGUUUGCCACGCCUCCUGCUUCCAGUAUCAGACGAGGCGAUAACCUCACAGGGAAUCCUCUCACUACGUCUGCCAGAAUAUCUGCACUUAACAUCGUUGGGGAGCUGCUCAGAAAAGUCGGGAAUCUUGAGUCAAAGUUGGCGUCCUGUAGAGACUUUGUGUAUGACACUUCAGUCAGUGCACCAGCACUCCCGGCAGCCCCAGGUAGUCCGUCUGGUUUGGAAGGAACCUCGGAGCUUCAAUCCACAAGCAUGAAUUCUCCCCUUCAGUACGACAGUUUAGUGAAGCGGUUAGAGUUUGGACCGGCGCCCCCCAGAGGAGUCUCCCAGGGUGCCCAGUCUCCACAGGGAGGGGUCAAGAUUCUGCUAUGAGAGGAAAAAGGAAGGCCUACAUGACUCAGAAGCUGUCCCCUCUCCCUCCGUAAUAAACUCCAGCAACAGGAUUUUAAACUGAGCUGUCUUCCUGUGUCGCUGUGUGCCCCGCUGAACUCUUUGAACAGGAAGACUACAAUGCUUGCUCCAUGCCCCACAUAAGCGGUACAUGUAUUUCUGCUGCCUCAGGCUAGUAUCAAACCAUAUCUAUCACAUGAAGCAGCUCUACAGCCUCUGUAAAAUGGAAGAAUGAACAACCUUCUGCACACACAUUAACUCCUGCUGUAUCUGUUGCACUGUGACGGGUAGCUUUGAAAGGUAACGUCUGUAUCCAUUGAUUUGCUUGUGGUGGUGAAUCAAGCACAGCAGGGCUGGUUAAGCAUGGCUGCUCCCACUAAAGCUGUUACCGUUGGUUCCUGCAGUGCUCAUUGAUCAUGAAAUAGGGACUGAAUUUAAAACCCUUAUAUGAAUAACAGCUGCCUAAUGUGGCGCUGACAUGGGGACCAAAAACCUGAAGAUCAAUAGCAGAUGUAUUGUUCUUAAUGAAGCAUAAACAAAAGCUUUGAUGGUUGAGAACUGAUCAACUAUGAAAGUAAGGGGGUAGGUUUGUUCCUCUUGAAUUUUGAAAGUUGCUUAUUUCACUAACAUGUUUAAUUUUUUCAUUUCUUUUUAAACGAUGCGCUUGAAUAAUGUAGCACAGAACAUCACUGGGAGGGAGUUAGAUUUUGUUGGUUUAAUUUUUCCAACCUGAGUCCCAAGUAUCUGUUUCUUGGAGAGACUACAUUUUGUUUUGCUUCUCUGUAAAGUUGAAGUCAGAGCGGAUCAGUUGAUGCCAUGAAGCGAUGUUAGAAUUAGCCAUUGCUGCCUUCGUCAUUCUUUUUACCUCUUUAGUUGGUAGGCCUUGCUUUACUGUGAUAGUUUUUAUAAAUGAAAUGCAGCAAAGCUUCUAAUAUCAUAGACUGUCACUCUCUUAAGCAGGUUUACAUUAGACCCAGUUCUCCCAAAAACCUCCUUCCUGACAUCAAUGUAACACAAAUGUGAAGAUCAGGAAUGGUGUCAUUUUCUGCCUCAAAAUGUUAGCCUUUAGUUUAUCAUCUUGUGUUUACCAGUUGUGUUUAUUCAGGUUUUAGUUGACUGUAGAAGUUAGAUUGUUACAUGUCCACUACUGAAUGUAUAGAGAGAAUUUCCUAACAAGUGUGAGACUGCCAUUUGGGGUUUGUAUAAAGGAGGAAGCAGAGAGAGACCAAGCAAUAAUAGAUUUUAUGAAAGACAUUAAAGCAGAGCACAGUACAUAGAGUAUGUGUGUAGAUAUAUACUAGAGCCUUUAUGGGAUACCCUCUCCUGCCUUUUAGAGACAGACUUUUGGGUGAGGUCAUUCAGAGCGACUCCUGAAAUGUUUUUGGUUAACUUACAAUUGUCACUACUGCAAUCCAGCGUUUAAUGAAGCAGGUACUGCACUGUGUUCCUCCAUAUUAUAAAGAAACAGCUGUGAGCACUUGUAGAAAGUAACUUAUGGUUCAUAUCAAAUGAGAAUUCCGCUUUUUUCACUGUUCAUAUUUCAACUUACUGACAAGAAUUUACUGAACUUGUAACUUCAACCACUGUGCACUAAUUCCAAGUUUGCAGCACUUUGCAACUGCUUCUGUUCAUGGACUUCAAAGUGUGUGUGUGCCUGAGGUACUCGACUCUUCUCCUUUUGUUUGAGCGGUUAUUGUUUUCGUUUACUGACUAAAUGGUGGUAAUGUUUCGUUGUGAUGAUUCCAGUUUGAACUUUCUGACCAUAAGAGAAACAAUAAAAGGAUAACAUAUA